AUGAGUAACAUUGUCACCACCGAUUCCAAGGCGCCCGUGCGCAUCGUCAAGCGGGUACAAUUCGGAAUCUUAUCGCCGGAUGAAAUUCGCCGAAACUCUGUAACGGAAGGAGGCGUCCUAUACCCGGAGAUCUACGAGAAUGGAAGACCGAAGAUCUUGGGAUUAAUGGACCCAAGGCAGGGCGUGAUUGACAGAAAUUCUCGUUGCCAAACAUGCGCCGGUAAUUUGGUAGAGUGUCCGGGCCACUUUGGACAUAUUGAACUCGCAAAACCCGUGUUUCAUAUUGGCUUCCUCAACAAAUCUAUCAAAGUGCUCCGCUGCUUUUGUUUUUACUGUUCAAAACUUCUCGUCUCACCAUCAAACCCAAAAAUAAAAGAAAUCGUUUCCGAAACAAAAGGAAACCCCCGAAAACGUCUUACCCACGUUUACGACCUUUGCAAGGGGAAAAACAUCUGUGAAGGCUCUGACGACAAUGACCUUGGCAAAGACAACAUGAAUGAGUAUGACGAUAUUGCACUGAAAAAGAAAGUAAACAUGCACGGCGGCUGCGGCCGCUACCAGCCACAGAUUCGCCGAGAAGGCCUCGAUCUGUACGCCGAGUGGAAGCACCUGAAUGAAGAUUCCCAAGAGAAAAAGAUUCUUCUCACUGCAGAGCGUGUUCACGCCAUCUUCAAAGCCAUCUCCGAUGAAGAGGUCAGCAUCAUCGGAAUGGAUCCCAAGUUCGCUCGGCCCGACUGGAUGCUGGUCACUGUGCUCGCCGUACCACCGCUCUGUGUACGGCCUGCCGUUGUCAUGUUUGGUUCCGCUCGAAAUCAGGACGAUUUGACGCACAAAUUGGCUGAUAUUGUCAAGACAAACGCCGAGCUGAUCAGAAAUGAACAGAACGGUGCGGCGACGCACAUUAUUGCCGAAAAUGUAAAGAUGCUUCAGUUUCACGUGGCCACUUUUGUCGACAAUGAAAUUCCCGGCAUUCCUCGCGCACAGCAGAAAUCGGGUCGACCGCUAAAGUCGAUCAAGCAGCGUCUCAAGGCGAAGGAAGGUCGCAUUCGAGGCAACUUGAUGGGCAAGCGAGUGGACUUUUCCGCUCGAACCGUCAUCACACCGGAUCCCAACCUGCGAAUCGACGAAGUCGGCGUUCCUCGGUCGAUUGCCCAAAACUUGACUUUCCCUGAAAUCGUGACACCUUUCAAUAUCGAUCAACUAAAAGAGCUUGUUCGGAAAGGCAACAACCAGUAUCCGGGCGCAAAGUACAUUAUUCGCGACAAUGGUGAACGUAUCGAUCUGCGAUUCCACCCUCGACCAUCGGAUCUGCAUCUGGAGUUUGGCUACAAAGUGGAGCGGCAUAUUCGCAACGGCGAUGUCAUCGUCUUCAAUCGUCAGCCAACGCUGCACAAGAUGAGUAUGAUGGGCCAUCGUAUUCGAGUGCUGCCCUGGUCCACCUUUCGCUUCAACCUCUCUGUCACCACGCCGUACAACGCUGACUUUGACGGCGAUGAGAUGAACUUGCACGUUCCGCAGUCGCUGGAGACCCGCGCCGAAAUUGAGAAUCUGGCCAUGGUGCCGCGCAACAUCAUCACUCCUCAGUCGAACAAGCCCGUCAUGGGCAUCGUGCAGGACACGCUGACUGCUGUCCGAAAGAUGACCCGUCGAGAUGUGUACCUCACCUGGGAGCAGAUGAUGAACUUGCUCAUGUUUCUGCCCACCUGGGACGGCAAGGUGCCCAUGCCGGCCAUCCUGAAGCCGGUGCCCCUCUGGACUGGAAAGCAGCUCUUCUCGCUCAUUAUUCCGGGCAAUGUGUCGCUCAUUCGAAACCAUUCAACGCAUCCUGAUGAGGAGGACAGUGGCCCGUACAAAUGGAUCUCGCCGGGUGACACCAAGGUUCUCAUUGAGAAUGGAGUGCUCCUCACCGGAAUCGUCUGCUCAAAGACCGUCGGCAAGGCAGCCGGCAACUUGCUUCACGUUGUCUUUCAGGAGGCGGGCUUCCACACCUGCGGCCUCUUCUACUGGCACAUUCAGACGGUAGUGAACGCAUGGCUUCUGCUCGAAGGUCACUCAAUCGGCAUUGGUGACACCAUCGCUGACCCGGAAACAUAUCGCGAUAUCCAAGAGACAAUUAAAAAGGCUAAAGACGACGUGAUUGAGGUGAUUGAAAAAGCGCACAACGACGAUCUGGAUCCCACUCCUGGCAACACUCUUCGACAGACCUUUGAGAACCAGGUCAAUCGAAUUCUCAAUGACGCUCGUGUCAAAACCGGUGCAUCUGCGCAAAAGUCACUCUCUGAGUUCAACAACUUUAAGGCCAUGGUGGUGUCCGGCGCCAAGGGCUCUGAGAUUAACAUUUCUCAGGUUAUCGCCUGUGUCGGUCAGCAGAACGUCGAGGGAAAGCGAAUUCCCUUUGGCUUUCGAAAGCGAACCUUGCCGCACUUUAUUAAGGACGAUUACGGCCCUGAGUCGAGGGGCUUUGUCGUCAAUUCUUACCUUGCUGGACUGACUCCGUCAGAGUUCUUCUUCCACUCUAUGGGUGGUCGUGAAGGUCUGAUUGAUACCGCCGUCAAGACUGCCGAGACUGGUUACAUUCAACGUCGUCUGAUCAAGGCCAUGGAGUCUGUCAUGGUCACAUACGAUGGCACAGUGCGAAACUCAAACGGUCAGGUGAUUCAGCUCCGCUACGGUGAAGACGGACUUGACGGUGCCUGUGUGGAGUUUCAAAAUUUGGCCUCUCUCAAGCCGAACGACAAGGCCUUCAGAGAGCAGUUUCGACUGGACGUCAACAACGAUCGCCUCAUGCGCAAAAUCUUCACCGAGGAUGUCCUGCGCGAGUUUAAUGAAAAUCCCAACUUUCAGUCUGAGCUCGAAGAGGAGUUUAAGCGUCUGACUGAGGAUCGAAAGACUGUUCGCAAGCUGUUCCCCACUGGAGACUCCAAGGUGGUGCUGCCCUGCAACAUUCAGCGUAUGAUUUGGAACGCGCAAAAGACCUUUCGCGUCAACCGGCGGGCGCCCACUGACCUGUCGCCCCUGAAGGUGACCGAGGGCAUUGAGAAUCUGGUGAAGAAGCUGACCAUUGUGCCCGGUGAAGAUGCCCUCUCCGUGACUGCUAACGAGAACGCCACUCUGCUCUUCCGCACCUUGCUGCGCUCAACUCUCUGCACGAAGAAGAUCACCGAAAUUGAUCGCCUCUCCUCGGAAGCCUUCGACUGGCUGCUCGGUGAAAUUGACAGCAAGUUCCAUCAAAGUCAGGUGCAGCCUGGUGAGAUGGUCGGCGCGCUGGCCGCCCAGUCACUGGGAGAGCCUGCCACGCAGAUGACGCUGAACACCUUUCACUACGCCGGUGUGUCCGCGAAGAACGUCACCCUCGGUGUGCCGCGUCUCAAGGAGAUCAUCAACAUCUCCAAGAAGCCAAAGACGCCCUCUCUCACCGUCUUCCUCACCGGUGCAGCUGCUCGGGACGCCGAGAAGGCCAAGGACGUGCUGUGCCGACUGGAGCACACUACACUGCGCAAAGUGACGGCAAACACGGCCAUUUACUACGAUCCUGACCCCCUGAGCACCGUCAUCACCGAGGAUCAGGAGUUUGUGAAUGUGUACUACGAGAUGCCGGACUUUGACACUGCUCGCAUCUCUCCAUGGCUGCUGCGUAUUGAGCUGGACCGAAAGCGAAUGACCGAUAAGAAGCUGUCCAUGGAGCAGAUUGCCGAGAAGAUCAGCGCUGGCUUUGGCGAUGACUUAAACUGCAUCUUCAACGAUGACAACGCCGACAAGCUGGUGCUGCGCAUUCGAAUCAUGAACCCCGAGGAGAAGUCGGCCGAAGACGAGGAGCAGGUGGACAAGAUGGAGGAUGACGUCUUCCUGCGGUGCAUUGAGGCCUCUCUGCUCAGUGACAUUACCCUGCAGGGCAUCGAGCAGAUUAGCAAGGUGUACAUGCACCUGCCGCANACGGACAACAAAAAGCGCAUCACCAUCACCGAGCAGGGCGACUUCAAGGCGAUUGCCGAGUGGCUGCUCGAGACAGACGGCACCUCGCUGAUGCGCGUUCUUGCCGAGCGAGACGUCGAUCCCAUUCGAACGUAUUCUAACGACAUUUGCGAGAUCUUCUCCUCGUUGGGCAUUGAGGCGGUGCGAAAGGCGGUGGAGAAAGAGUUGAACUAUGUCAUCAGUUUUGACAGCUCCUACGUCAACUACCGGCACUUGGCGUUGCUCUGUGACGUCAUGACUGCCAAGGGCCACCUGAUGGCUAUCACGCGACACGGCAUCAACCGCCAGGACGUCGGCGCCCUCAUGCGGUGCUCAUUUGAGGAGACAGUGGACGUGCUGAUUGAUGCGGCCAUGCAUGCUGAAGUCGACUAUCUGCGUGGUGUCUCCGAGAACAUUAUCGUCGGUCAGCUGGCCAACAUUGGCACUGGCGCUUUCGGCAUGCUCCUCGACCCGGAGAAGUGCAAGAGCGGCAUUGAAAUUCCCACCAAUAUGGUUGGUCUCGGAAAUGAUCUAUUCUUUGGCAUGGACUCGCCUACGAUGGGCUCGGGAAUGUCGCCACAGAUGACGCCGUACGCACAGGGCAUUGCUACGCCGGCAUACGGUUUGCCGUGGUCUUCAGGCGUAAGCAUGGGCAUGACGCCCAAUGCUGCUGGAUUUUCGCCAUCUGCCGCAUCUGAAGCGGGCUUCUCCCCGGGCUACUCUCCCAGCUGGUCGCCGGGUGGCAUUGGAUCGCCUAGCUCGCCCUCCUCACCCUACUUGCCCUCGCCCAGCGGGCCCCUGUCGCCCUCGUAUUCGCCGGCCUCUCCCAACUACAUGCCCAUGUCGCCUGGAAUCGGCGUCGCCAGUCCGUCGUACUCGCCGACGUCCCCCAGCUAUUCACCAACGUCGCCCAACUACGCGCCCACUUCUCCCUCGUACAGCCCUACUUCGCCAAACUAUUCACCAACUAGUCCGCGAUACUCGCCGACCUCUCCCUCAAACUACUCACCGACCUCUCCCUCGUACAGUCCGACAUCCCCAUCGCACCAUUACUCUCCCACGUCGCCUGGCUACUCUCCGACUUCGCCCUCCUAUUCGCCGACCAGUCCCUCGUACAGUCCGACGUCGCCCAAUUAUUCGCCGAAUAGUACCCGCUAUUCGCCUGCUUCUCCCAACUAUCUGUCGCCGGGAAUUGGCGGUGUGGCCAGUCCGAACUACUCGCCGACCUCACCCGGCUAUUCGCCCUCAUCGCCCAACUACUCACCCACUUCGCCCUCGUAUAGCCCAUCAUCGCCAAACUUUGCGGUCACUAGUCCGCGAUAUUCGCCGACCUCUCCCUCAAACUACUCACCGACCUCUCCCUCGUACAGUCCCAAAUCACCGAACCAUAAUUACUCUCCCACGUCACCAGGCUACUCUCCCUCAUCGCCCUCUUACUCGCCCUCCAGUCCAUCGUACAGUCCGACGUCGCCCAAUUAUUCGCCCUCUAGUACCCGAUAUUCACCGGCCUCUCCCAACUAUCUGUCGCCCAAUAUGGGCGUGGCCAGUCCGACGUACUCGCCCAGUUCACCCGGCUACUCUCCAUCAUCGCCCAACGCAUAA